CCAGUGGGCUUACCCGGCCCACUUUCUGCUAGUCUUCUUCUUCGUCUCUGCCAUAGAUGAACAACAGAAGCUUUGCUUAAAAAAACCCAGUCUUGGCUUCCAUAGCCACACACACACAAAUUCGAUGCCUUUCUUAUCCAAAAUUCAGCGCCAGACUGAUUACCGGCGAUUCCCUUCCUCCACUCCCAUUGUCAUCGACAAUGGCGCCUCCUAUUUCCGCAUCGGGUGGGCUGGUGAGCCUGAGCCUCGUGUUGUCUUCCGCAACAUUGUUCAGAGACCUCGCCACAAAGUCACUGGUGAAACUGUGACCAUAGUUGGUGAUCAUGAUGUUGCUUUGCUGAGAUACUUUGAUUGCACGCGUUCGGGGCCUCGCUCGGCUUUUGAUAACAAUGUGGUUUACCAGUUUGAGAUUAUGGAAUACAUUCUGGACUUUGCUUUUGAUCGUCUGGGGGCUAAUGGAUCAAAGAUUGAUCAUCCCAUCCUGAUUACAGAAUGCGUAUGCAACCCGUUUCAGUCUCGUAGUAAGAUGGCGGAACUGCUAUUUGACACAUAUGGAGUCCCAUCAAUAGCAUAUGGUGUUGAUGCUGCAUUCAGUUACAAGUAUAAUGAACAUCAUGGGGUUUGUAAUAAGGAUGGUCUUGCUAUCUGUCCUGGAUUUAUGACGACUCAUGUUAUUCCGUUUAUUGAUGGUGAGCCUGAGUAUAAAGGAUGCUGUCGGACUAACAUUGGUGGGUACCACAUCACUGACUAUCUGAAGCAACUUAUGUCACUUAAAUACCCCCAUCACAUGGCUCGGUUUACAUGGGAGAAGGUUGAAGACUUGAAGAUGGAACACUGUUAUAUUGCUCAAGAAUAUAUGCCAGAAGCUCUACUGUUUCAGAAUAGAACCAAAGAAGCUGAAGAUAAAACAAGGUCAUGGCAGCUCCCAUGGGUUCCACCACCUACUGAGGAGCCUCCUUCUGAAGAAGAGAUCGCAAGAAAGGCAGCCAUAAAAGAGAAACAAGGUCAACGGUUGCGAGAAAUGGCUGAGGCAAAAAGAUCUUCUAGGAUAAAUGAACUAGAAAAUGAUUCUCAUGGUUUGGAAUUUCUGUUAAAGCAGCUUGAACAGGUGGAAGAACAUGAUAUACGAUCUUUCUUGUCUGCGACUGGAUAUAUAUCCAGGAAGGAAGUAGAAUCUGCCCUUGCGAAGGUAACACAAUCUUUACUAAAAGCAAAGGGUGAACAAGCCGAGUAUGAGGAGAAACCUGACGCAGAAAGAUUUCAUCUUUUAAAUAAACCUGAUAACGAGUGCACUCCAGAAGAGCUCAAGAUGAAAAAGAGACAGGUGUUUCUAAAAUCCACAUCUGAAGGUCGGCAGCGAGCUAAACAGAAACGCCACGAAGAAGAACUGGAGAGAGAAAAAAAGAAUCAACAAGAUGAGCAAAGACGUUUAAAGAACCCAGAGCUUUAUAAGGAGCAGUUGCUUGCUAAAUAUAAAGAUCUUUCUGAGAAAGUGGAACAGCGAAAACGACUGAAGACAAAUGGAGGUCAAACAAAUGGGAAUAAUAAUUCUGGAAAUGUUGGCCGUGGUGAGAGAUUAAAUGCUGCACAGAGGGAAAGGAUGCGCCUUUUGACCACAGCAGCUUUUGAUCGCGGCAAGGGUGAGGAUACUUUUGGCGCUAGAGAUGAAGAUUGGCAACUAUAUAAACUAAUGAGCAAAGACAAUGAUGAUGAUGAUGAGACACCGGAUGCAGAUGAAGCUGAGUUGGCACGUCUAACUUCUAGGCUUCGGGAAGUAGACCCAACAUUUGUUCCCAGAUCAGAUAAUGGAAAUUCGCAAUCAGUAGAAGCACCACGGAGUCGUCCUCUAACUGAGGAAGAUUUUCGGAUAGAUUUUGGUGUAGAAAGAUACCGCUGCCCUGAAAUUUUGUUUUGUCCCAAUUGGAUUGGGAUCGAUCAGGCAGGCUUAGAUGAGAUGGCUGGGGUCUCGCUAAGGAGGCUGCCAUCUAAGGACACCAAGCUGGAGGAGAAGCUAACCAGUUCAAUCUUUUUAACUGGUGGGAGUAGUCUAUUUCCUGGAAUGAGUGAGCGCUUGGAAGCUGGAGUCCGGAUGAUUACGCCAUGUGGUUCACCUAUAAGGGUCGUGAAAGCACUGAAUGCAACUCUUGAUGCAUGGCGUGGUGCUUCUGCUUACGCUGCUUCACCACAGUUUCCAGCACAAACCUUCAGUAGGAAGGACUAUUACGAGAAGGGCGAAGAGAUAGUCCGCGGACACCAGUUUCGAUACCAUGCCUUGUAGUACUAGAUGUCACUGCUUAUUGUAUCAGAUGUCACUCUUAAAUCACAAUUUUUCACAAUCAACACAUUACUGAUUAACAUCAUUGGCCCAAAUCCUGAUCUUUUGUUCAUUCAAA